CAUCUGAUCGCAGCCGAGUGGCAACAGUGGUCGCUGCUGCGUUCGCGUACUUUCGUGACUUCAUUUGCGAUUUUAUUUAUAUUCUCCGUGUUGCGAAUAAAAUGUAUGUAUCAUGGCAGUUGUUUAAGAAGCGAAUAUACGCUGAUUCAUCCUAGGCUGGCGAGAAGAUCAUUGCGAAAAAAGUGUACGAAAAGAAAGUGCAAUAACUGCAGCUCUAUUGUGCGCGCAUCUGGGUGUGCGUAGAUCUUUGCAUCGGUGUGUCGGUGUUUUUUUACGUUUGUGUGCGUGGCGUGCCCACAUUUGUGGCACAAGUUUAAAAAUUGGCACUAAGAAAGUUCAAGAAAGUGGUUCUGGGGAAAAUAGUUCAUUCAUUCAGCAUCCACUUUCUGUUGAAAGUGGCGCGCCUGCGUUUUGUGUCUUAAUCAUCGCAUUGCUGCCUGCCUACGUGUACAGAAACUGCGAGCGCUCCGGGAGAGUCCCCGAGAAUCCCCAAAAUGUUGUUUUUCUGCCUAGCCUUGAUCAUCGGCUGCGCAGUCGGAGAAUACAGCGAAGUCCGGGUCAUCCAGGAAGAGGACAACUUCCUGGAGAGUCCUCACUACCUAAAAAACGAGGAAAUAGGAGAUCUUUUCAGCCAGCUAGCCAAGGAUUACCCCGACUUGGCGCAGACCUAUACAAUAGGCAAAUCCCUGGAGGAUCGACCCAUCUACGCCCUAGCCUUAAGUGCACCUACCGGGGAGUCCAAGAAUGGAGAUCUCCUAAGGCCAAUGGUUAAACUGGUGGCCAACAUACAAGGCGAUGAAGCCGUGGGUCGUCAGAUGGUUCUCUAUAUGGCCGAAUACCUGGCCACCCACUACGAUGGGGACCCGAAGGUCCAGGCGCUACUAAAUCUCACCGAAAUCCACUUCCUGCCCACCUGUAACCCCGAUGGAUUCGCCAAAGCCAAGGAAGGCAACUGCGAGUCGCUGCCCAACUAUGUGGGUCGUGGCAAUGCGGCCAACAUCGAUUUGAAUCGCGAUUUCCCCGAUCGCCUGGAGCAGAGCCAUGUCCACCAGUUGCGCGCCCAGUCUCGUCAGCCGGAAACAGCAGCCCUGGUAAAUUGGAUCGUUAGCAAACCGUUUGUGCUCUCCGCCAAUUUCCAUGGCGGAGCUGUUGUGGCCAGCUAUCCCUAUGACAACUCCUUGGCUCACAAUGAGUGCUGCGAGGAGAGUUUGACUCCGGAUGAUCGGGUCUUCAAGCAGCUGGCCCACACCUAUUCUGACAACCAUCCGAUUAUGAGAAAGGGCAACAAUUGCAACGAUAGCUUCUCGGGAGGUAUCACCAACGGAGCCCACUGGUAUGAGUUGUCCGGUGGAAUGCAGGACUUUAACUAUGCGUUUAGCAACUGUUUCGAGCUGACCAUCGAGUUGUCGUGCUGCAAGUAUCCGGCAGCAAGCACUUUGCCCCAGGAAUGGCAGCGGAACAAGGCAUCCCUGCUGCAGCUGCUGCGCCAGGCACAUAUCGGCAUCAAGGGCCUGGUGACCGAUGCCAGUGGCUUUCCAAUAGCCGAUGCCAAUGUCUACGUGGCUGGACUAGAGGAGAAACCCAUGCGCACUUCCAAACGUGGCGAAUACUGGAGGCUUUUGACCCCGGGACUCUAUAGCGUGCACGCCUCCGCUUUUGGUUACCAGACCAGUGCCCCGCAACAGGUCCGGGUGACCAACGAUAACCAGGAGGCCUUGCGCCUGGACUUUAAGCUUGCGCCCGUCGAGACGAACUUUGAUGGCAACUUCCGGAAAGUAAAGGUCGAGCGCUCUGAGCCUCCACAGAAGCUCAAGAAGCAGUUCAAUGGGUUCUUGACCCCGACUAAAUACGAACACCACAACUUUACGGCAAUGGAGAGCUAUCUGAGGGCGAUUAGCAGCAGCUAUCCUUCCCUUACACGCCUCUACAGCAUCGGUAAAAGCGUCCAGGGUCGUGAUCUUUGGGUGCUUGAGAUUUUUGCCACGCCGGGUUCUCAUGUCCCGGGGGUUCCGGAGUUCAAAUAUGUGGCAAACAUGCAUGGCAACGAGGUGGUGGGCAAGGAAUUGCUUCUAAUCCUCACCAAAUAUAUGCUGGAACGCUAUGGCAAUGAUGACAGGAUUACCAAGCUGGUGAAUGGCACCCGUAUGCAUUUUUUGUACAGCAUGAACCCCGAUGGGUAUGAGAUCUCCAUCGAGGGCGACAGAACCGGCGGAGUUGGAAGAGCGAAUGCCCAUGGAAUUGAUUUGAACAGAAACUUCCCCGAUCAAUAUGGCACGGACCGGUUCAAUAAGGUGACAGAGCCAGAGGUGGCUGCCGUCAUGAACUGGACACUGUCGCUGCCGUUUGUUUUGUCCGCCAAUCUCCAUGGGGGCUCCUUGGUGGCCAACUACCCCUUCGACGAUAACGAAAAUGAUUUUAAUGAUCCGUUUAUGAGACUCCGCAAUUCUAGUAUCAAUGGCCGCAAGCCAAAUCCCACCGAGGAUAAUGCUCUUUUCAAACACCUCGCCGGGAUUUAUUCAAACGCACACCCCACUAUGUACCUGGGCCAGCCAUGUGAGCUCUUCCAGAAUGAAUUCUUCCCUGAUGGCAUUACGAAUGGUGCUCAAUGGUAUAGUGUUACUGGGGGAAUGCAGGACUGGAACUAUGUGCGGGCUGGAUGCCUGGAGCUAACCAUCGAAAUGGGUUGCGAUAAGUUUCCCAAGGCCGCCGAGCUUUCGCGAUACUGGGAGGAUCAUCGCGAGCCUCUGCUACAGUUUAUCGAGCAAGUGCAUUGCGGCAUUCAUGGAUUUGUGCAUAGCACCAUUGGUACGCCGAUUGCGGGAGCUGUUGUUCGUUUGGAUGGAGCCAAUCAUUCGACCUACAGUCAAGUCUUCGGUGACUAUUGGAAGCUAGCGCUGCCUGGUCGACACAAUCUCACUGUGUUGGGGGACAACUAUGCGCCACUACGAAUGGAAGUUGAAGUACCCGACGUCCACCCCUUCGAAAUGCGAAUGGAUAUCACCCUCAUGCCAGACGAUCCCCAGCAUUGGGCAUCCGCCAAUGACUUUAGGAUUAUUGAAAACGUAGUCAACACAAGGUAUCACACUAACCCUCAAGUUCGCGCACGCCUGGCGGAGCUGGAGAACCAAAAUGGACAGAUUGCCAGCUUUGGAUAUGCCGAUUCUGAAUUUGGCACAAUCUUCAAUUACCUCAAAAUGACAUCUGAUAUUGGCGAGCCCGAGGAACACAAGUACAAGCUGUUGGUGGUCAGUUCCCUAUACGAUACAACGGCUCCUCUGGGAAGGGAAAUUUUGCUCAACCUGAUACGACACUUGGUCGAAGGAUUUAAGCUGCAGGACACGUCUGUAGUCGAGUUGCUUAAACGAAGUGUUAUCUACUUCCUGCCGCAGACUAGCAAGUUCCAAAAUGUCUUUGACAUGUACAACAGCAACACCUCCAUUUGCGACCCAGUCCUGGGGGAUGAGUUAGCAGAGCGCAUUCUUGGCCCGGAGACAGACCAGGCCAAGGACGUAUUCCUGCAAUUUUUGCGUAGCGAACGCUUUGAUUUGAUGCUUACCUUUGGAGCAGGCAACUCCGACUUGAACUAUCCGAAAGGGGACUCGGUGCUAGUGAAGUUUGCCCACAGAAUGCAGCGAACGGAGUUCAACUACUCGCCCCUGCAGUGCCCUCCAUCGGCCACGAGACAGCUCCACCGGGAGACCACCGAGAGAUUGACCAAUAUGAUGUACCGCAUAUACAAUUUGCCCGUUUACACCUUGGGCAUUUCCUGCUGCCGCAUGCCGCACCAAAAGAAAAUCGCUUCCGUUUGGCGCAAAAACAUCGAUAAGAUUAAGAACUUUUUGGCUCUAGUGAAAACCGGAGUAAGUGGCUUGGUGCAGAACGAUAAAGGACAACCAUUGAGGGAGGCCUAUGUCCGAUUGUUGGAGCACGAUAGAAUCAUUAAUGUUACCAAGAAUGUGGCGAGAUUCCAGUUGAUGCUGCCCCAUGGUCUUUAUGGCUUGGAGGUAACUGCUCCCAACUACGAGUCGCAAAUGAUUAAGGUGGACGUAGAAGAUGGUCGAGUCACGGAAUUGGGCAUUAUACGCAUGCAUCCAUUCACGUUGAUUCGUGGCGUUGUCCUGGAGCUGCCAAAUAACGAUAACAGAGCCACCACUAGCAUUGCAGGAGUGGUGCUGGAUGAGAGCAACCACCCAGUGCGGAACGCCAAGGUCUCGGUGGUGGGGCAGACUCAAUUGAGAAACUUUACAGGCAGCAUGGGACAGUAUCGUAUAUCGGCGGUACCCUUAGGCACCAUCACUCUAAAAGUAGAGGCACCGCGGCAUCUGGAGGCCACCCGACAAAUGCACCUGAUUCAGGGCGGCUUGGCCACAGAGAACGUGGUCUUUCACCUAAAAGUUAACGAGCAUGUCUUUGGAUUGCCUCGCUUUUUGUUCAUUUUGUGCGCCAGCGUUCUGAUCAUUGUUGGUGUCAUCGUCUGUGUGCUAUGUGCCCAGUUUUGGUUCUAUCGACGCCAUCGGGGGGAUAAGCCUUAUUAUAACUUCUCACUGCUGCCGCAGAGGGGUAAGGAGCAGUUUGGCCUUGAGGACGAUGAUGGGGGUGAUGAUGGGGAAACGGAGCUCUUUCGAUCUCCCAUCAAACGUGAGUUGAGCCAAAGGGCACACUUAGUAAACAAUCAAACUAAUUAUUCCUUCAUUAUUCAGGCGGCAUGACCAUACAGCCGUACUUUGAUGAGGAGCAGCUGGAGCGGAUCCUGCACACGGAUGACGAUGACGACGACGGACCGCACAUGGAGCCAGAACUUGAUGUGGCUGACGAUAGCGAAGACGACAUAGUGAUGUUGCAUAACAACGGGAACAAGAGACGGCACUAGAUGUUCUGAUAGAUGUUCCCAAUCAAACACAAUCUCGAGUGACACAACCACCAGGGAUCACCUAAUCCCCGAUCGACUUUAACCACACACAACAUAACUGUGAUUCAAAACGUUUUCAAGAGAAACCAACGCUCUCCUUUUUUGUUAUUUUUGUGUAAUAUCUACCCUUAAAAGGUGAAACACUUUAUUUUUGAGUUUUAGUGUUACUGAGCUUGCACCUAGAAUGCAUCACAAUCGUCAGCUUUAAAUAGAAAAUCCUACUACCCACUCGGCAAAUCUCUCGUUCAUGACCGUUUAUAUAGAGAUAUACAUUUUUAUGUUCAGCCAAAAGAACUGUAUGCGUAAAUGUAACUUAAACUAAAGACUGAGAGCCUCAUAAUUCUAGCAAAAAAAAAACCAUAACAAUUUGUGAAAAAAUAUUAAAUCUAAUCUAGCUAAAAAGAAACCGAAAAUCACAGCCAACAACAGCAGAAGAUUGAGUUUGUUUUAAUGAAAAAAUUAACUAACAAUGAAUCAAAAACAAUGUCAAUAUUAAAUUAUACUAAUUUAUUAAGCAUUGUCUUCAGAAAGCUAAAUUACUUAGCAGCUCAUUAUACAGAAAAUUGAUUCUUAAAGAUUAAUUUUAAGCUUACUGUUUUACAAUUUAUUAAACCAUAUUUAGUAGCUUUUAUCGGAAAUUGAAUGGUUACUCCCAUGAACUCUAACCCUCUGUAUGCUGAAAUCAGGCUUUCUAAAAAUGAUUUUAAAUGCUGGAAAAAAAUGUGCAAGAUCAUAACAAAAACAGUUAACAGCUUUUGUAAUAUUUUGAAUAUGCCCAACAUAUAAAAUUCAAACGUAAAAUCAAAUCGAUUUACAUAAACAAUGAAUACAUAUAAAAGUGUACUGCACGAUUUUAUCUAAAUAGAGCACAAAAAGACAAAGCGGUAGAAAAUAACUUGAAAGUAAAAUAAUAUAUAUAUCAUAUACAUAUAUAUAUAUCAUAUACAUAUCCUAAUAUAUGGCAAUUUAAACUAAGUAAGCAACUGAAUCUAAAU